AACGGAAAAUUAUUUUGCCUUUUUUAUUUUUCUGAGACAAAACCCUAGCAGCGCCAGGCCUCGCACCUUUGGUUUUCUUUAUUCUCCCGCUUCCCGGAGCGAGUUCUUCCUGUGCCGACCCUCCAUCAGAGUUCUCUCCCCAUGGCUUCGGAGAAGAAGAUGUCGAACCCGAUGAGGGAGAUCAAGGUGCAGAAGCUCGUCCUCAACAUCUCCGUUGGUGAGAGCGGUGAUCGUCUCACCAGAGCUGCUAAGGUUUUGGAACAGUUGAGUGGACAGACACCAGUUUUCUCAAAGGCAAGAUAUACUGUUCGGUCCUUUGGAAUUAGGCGUAAUGAAAAGAUUGCGUGCUAUGUCACUGUCAGAGGAGAAAAGGCAAUGCAACUUUUGGAGAGCGGUUUGAAAGUGAAGGAAUAUGAGUUAUUGAGAAGAAACUUCAGUGAUACUGGGUGUUUUGGUUUUGGCAUUCAAGAACAUAUUGAUCUGGGCAUUAAGUAUGAUCCCUCGACAGGUAUUUAUGGCAUGGAUUUUUAUGUUGUUCUGGAAAGGCCUGGUUAUCGUGUUGGCCGCCGCCGCCGGUGCAAGUCUGGUGUUGGAAUACAGCACAGGGUCACCAAGGAGGAUGCCAUGAAGUGGUUCCAGGUCAAAUAUGAGGGUGUUAUCCUCAACAAGAGCCAGGCAACAAGCUAGGCUUCUUCCAUUCUCCAUCAGUGUAGCGGGUUAGGGAAAACUUUCUGCUUCAUUUUUGUUUGCGUUCCUGAGAAAUUGAUUGAAGGCACUUGAAUUUAUUUUGUUGCCUUUUGUGCUCUGUCAAAUCUUCAUGUUUAUGAAGGCAGUGGGAAUAUUCUCCAUCGGUAAGUGGGGUUGACAGGUGUAGUGCUGGGUAGGCAGUUCCAUGCUAGUCUCGUGGCAACUUUUACAUAUUUUCUGACUGUAUUCAGAGCGGUUUGGAAUGGGAUUAUUCUUGUUUGGUCCUGAAGUUCGCACGAUUGUUUCAAGUUUUGCAUGGGGAUGAAUGAUUUUUUAAAGAAGAGCUAAUGAUUAAGAUGGCAUUUGGCUGCUCUUA